ACAAACUCACGUGUGUUUUGCAAGGUUUGUAGUUGAAGUUUAGAGAUAUUUUUAAUAAUUUAAUGAUAGUAUUACAAAAAUGGGAAAACGAAAAUAUGAUAACACGGAAACAGAUCCUGCGAAAAAGAUUAAACCCGAUGAUAUAGAAAAUAAUGAUGAAAUCGAAUCAAAGCAACCUCAAAGUGAUGAAACCUCUCAAAUUAAAAAGUCUUUGCAAAAGCACAGUUUUGAUAUGAAACACUUCAGAAAAGAAUUAGCUUCGAAACAGGGACAAACGAUGGUUUUAACACAGUUCCUCAAUGUAUGCUUAAAUCCUGAUAACGAAGUUGACUAUAUACUUGAAUAUUUGAAGAUUGGUGGAAAUUCACAUGAAAUACUUCGGCAAAUAACACAAGACAACAAGAAAAAUCUAACAUUAGCAACACCAGCUUUCCAUCUAUUUCAUCUUAUCAUUGUUAAAGUACAAUCUUCUUUACCACAUAUGAUUACAAUCACAGAAGAAGCUUGUCGGUACUUCCUCAACACAUUUAUCCCGACAGUUGAAAUUAUGAUUAGUGAAAACUCCGGUCCAAGGCAUAGGAAAAUAAUUCUGAAUCUAUUAACAUCCAUGGUAACAUUAAAUUCAGAUUUAGGUGUGGAAAUACUCAACCAAUUACCAUUGACUCCAAAACAUUUACAAUAUAUUCUAGAGAAACCUAAUUAUAAAGAGAAAGACAAUGUUAGAACAGCAUUUGUGCAUUUCAUGACUUCAUUUUUAAUUGAAGGUCAUUUACCACUUAUAAAAGCGUUGCUAGAAAAGCAAGGUCUUCUCGGUCUAGUCAUACCAGGGUUGGUACACGAUGAGGCUGAAGCUGUAUUAAUAUUUUUAAACAUCCUCAAAAAGAAUAUAAUUGACAAUACAUAUAUAUCAAAAACAUUAAAACUAAAAACUUUUAAUCAGCAAGUCUUGUAUAAUAUGUUCAAAGUAUUUUCAUGGAAGGGUCCUCCGGAAAUGAAUAGUGAACUGAGAAAUAAAUUACGGCCGGAAAUAACAAAUCUUUUAUCUGAAAUUAUGGUAACAUUGUUUACUUCUCAUAGACUAGGACUAUAUUUUAUUGAUAACUCAUUAGGAACAACAGAUGUUAAUAAAAAUCCAAACUUGUAUAAAGCGUUGCUCAGUUUGAAACGACCUUGGGAGAAUGAAAAUGAAUGUGAUGUGAUAUUACAAAUCAUUCAUAAAUGCCCAGAUUUGCACCGAGCUAUUAUAAGCGUUGUUGAACAAAGUUUUCAACCGCAACAUUCACCGAUUUGGGAAAGAACAAUUGAGUUCACCAUAAAACUAAUUGAGAAGUUAAAACCAGAGGAUGUUGUACAUAAAAUGAAAAAUUUAACACCCCUACAAACUGCUAAUUUUAUAAGAUUUGUAACACUUCCUGUGCCACUAUUGAAACAUAUUCAACCGAAUAUCGGACAAGAUCGAACCAUAUCUUUAUACUGUGCUAAAGUAUUAGUGAAAAUGUUACAAAUGUUGAAGCGUUAUAUUCAAAUUUUAGAAUCUGUUGAUAAUCAAUCACUUAUAAUAGAACUUAAAAAUAAAUUGGAAUAUUUUUUCCCUAAACAUUUACCUCCACCGUCAACUAUAGUGUUAUUAAUUCAAAAUGUUAUGAAUGUGUCAAAUAAUUCCGUAGAAUCAAGUCAAGAUUACAGCAUACCUAAACCUGAUGAUGCAGAUUCUUUGUUGGUUCUCGUAGAGUUAUUACUUCUAUACAAUUUUAUCCAUCCAGCGUUCUUUGAAUCACUUGAAGGCAACAUAGAUAUCAGAAGCAUACUUGAUUAUUCAAUGAAUAUUUCUAGUAACACAUCUUUAUUGAAAUUUAAAAUAGUAUCAUUAUGGCUUAUGUUAGACAGUUCUGCGGUGUCAACAAAAAAUCCAAUGUUCAAAGAUCUGUUCCGUAUAAUGCUUGAUGUUUACACAAAUGAUACAGAUGACACUUGGCUCCAAACAAAAGAUACUUUGCAUAUAUUUUUUAAGAAUACAAACAUUUUUGAAGAUGACGAAGACGAAAUUCAUAUUGUUUUAUACGCAUUACGUAAAGUCAAAGUCAAUCCUAUUUCUCUAAUUGGUGAUAUUGUUGAAUACGCUAUAAAAAAUAAAAAAGAAUUAACAACAUUAGUAAGGAACCAAAUUAACUCAUUAGAAAUAUCAGAUGCAAAUAAAGAUGAAAAUUUAGAUGCACUAUUUAAUGGAUUAAUGAAAAAUAAAUGCAAUGAUGAUAAUAUUUUUAUGGACAACAAAACUCCAUCGCCAUUUGUAAUAGCUUGUAUACAAUAUACAAUGCCAAAUAAAGACGCAAAGAAGAGUUUAAAACAAUUUCUAUCUCUUUAUAUCGCAAAUUUACUUCAUUCCAAUUAUUCUCCGGAAUUAACUGAGAUUUUAAUGGGUGACUCGAAGGUAGAUGUUAGGAAUUACGUUGCAAGUUGGAUGGGAGAACCGAUUACCUUAACAGAUGUCGUUGUUGGAAAAGACAAUGUGUUGUGUAAUUUAUCUAAAUCUAUAAUUGCCAAUGAAGAUUUAACAAUUGAACAAAUAUUUACAUUCCUAGAAAAAUCUUCGGAUGAGGAAAAAGAUAUAGAAAUUGCAGGUUGUUUAAAAAUAGUAAAAGCAGUUAAUAAUUCUGAAUUAUUAAUAUGGUCGAGAUAUCUUAUAUUUUGUUUUGUUAAAUUGACACAAAUUAAUAGAUUCACAGAAGUGGAAGAAGAUAAAAUAAAACGUUAUAUUGAUUGUUUAAUUGAAAUUUGUAAAAAACAACACACGGGACAAGUUUGUCGAGAUAUAAUUCUGAAUAUGUUUAAGAAUACACACGUACUGAAAAUUUAUACACCAAUAGAACAGAAGAGAAACGAAAGCGAUGUUAUCGCAACAAAACUUCUACUUCACGUGUUGACUAAACAUUCAGAAAUCGUUAAUUAUUUGAAUAAAAAGAAAAAUAUAUUACUACCUUAUCAAAUGAAGAAUUUUAAAGAAGUUAUGAACAUUUUAAAAAAGAUAAAAAAGAAAAAAUAUAUUAAAUCACAACAUACCGUUAAGAUACUUGAAGAAGUUGGAUUACGUAAAAAAGAUGAUAUGUUAAUUAUGAAUUAUAUAUUUAACGCUGAUUUAAAUACUUGUGUUAGUGAUGAGAAAGAGCCAAGUUUAUCAUUAGAAAUACUAUGUGUUAUAAUAACGAAGUAUUCAAAGACAAUCAAAUUAGAUUUACCGCAAGACGUGUUGUUGAAAUCAUUAAAAAUGUACUGUCAGUUAUUGAAGAGUUUAGAAAUAAAUAUAAAUUUAACAAGCAUGGAAGAAGCAUUGAUAUGUUAUUUUGAAAACAAACCACAAUACGUUAGUUGCGUAUCGGAAGAUAUAUUUCGAUCUUUCUUCCAAUCGAAUACGGUACGAAAAUCCACUUCCCAAUUGGCUUAUACUCUACUUAAAUUCGAUGAAAAACUCUGUAAAAUUUUCAAAGAAGAAAUCGAUAGACCGCAAAUAUUAAGUCAAAGAGAAUUAACUCUACCAUUAGGUAAUGCUGUUUUAAAUCAUAAAAUAUUUUUGUCAAACAACAAAGAGUUUUUAUCUAAAAUCUACGAGGAAUACAAAUCUAAUAUAAAUAAAUAUUUAGAAAAACCUCACAAAGCAGGUCAAAUAUAUUUAACCAAUUGGAACUUUAUUAAGAAAUUAAUUAUCGAAUGUAUGGACAUUCAGGAUUGCAAGAAAAUCCUAACAAAAACCUAUAAAUUCGAAGUAAUAGAUAUCGGUCAUAUAAAUUUAUAUCAAUCUGUAUUUUUAAAGAUUUGCUUACAAAAUGAAGACACGAAAAAAGAUUACUUAAUUAAUUAUUAUUUAUCUUUGCUACAUCUUCUAACAACUGCUAUCAAAGAAAACAUAGAAGUACGCAUCGUACAUACAAUAGUACAUAAUAUAUUGCAAGUAACUCAAAUAUCAGGAUUUGAUAUUGAACAAAAACAGGAUUUUGCUAAAAUAACGGAUAAUUCAAUAUGGCAAAACUUUUGCAAAGCUGUAUUAAAGGCAUCUUUAAGAAUUAAAACCGCAAACGAAUCUAUGGAAUCUGGAUCAAAACUUUUGUGUCUACUGACAAAACUUAUAAAGUUAUUUUAUUCGAAGGACCAUGAGGAUAUAAUAACACUAUUUGACAUGGUAACAUCCCACUCAGAGUUCUUAAAUGUAAUGCUAAGUCAUCAUAGUCUUGAAAUUAAAUCAAGAUUAGUUGAGAAUCUUUUCGCUUUGAUAUCUAUAAAUAAAUCUGUUAUGAAACCGCAACAAAUACCGGUUUACUUGAGCGCGUACGGCGCAACUACAGGCUCAUGUGACAAGAUUAUUUUAUCUAUUUUACAUUACUACGAAAGCAAUGGACUACCUGUGAAUGAAUAUAAACCAUACGUGUGGGGUGAUUCUGCGGCUAAUUACUACGCUGUCCGUAAAAGUAGAACCUCUUCAUUAUGGGGACAUCCGACUCCAAAUCAAGUAUUGAAUUUAUUCGAUAAAGAUAUAAUUCAAAAGACUGUACGUAAUUUUCCAGUCAAUCAAAAAUUAGACUACAAUUAUGAAUUACCUGAAUACAAUGAAAUAGGAGUUUUAAAUAAAAAAGAAUCUUUUAAAACAGUUUCAAAUGAAGUAUUCAAUGAAUAUAAUAUUAAACAAAAUGAUAAUGAAUCGGCAAUUAAAUGUUUGCUGGAAAAAUCUCGAUUUGAAACAAUAAUGUUGAAAUUCAAAGAGAAUGAUAUCACAGAUUUUUCUCAUAUAGACGCUGAUGAAGAAAUAUAUGAUCCAGUGUUCGUAUUUUCUUUAUUAAGUCAUCUCUUGGCACCUGGUUCUGUAGCUUCGUGUUUCAAGCUACUGCGCACUGGUCUACUGUCAGUUCCUGUGAUGGCUUUAAGUUCUCACUGCCCAAUGAUGAGAUCUGCAGCUUAUCACGUUCUACAUAGAUUCUGUAUGUUGCUUGAAACUGAAACAAAACACAAGAACGACAAACUUUUCCUCGGCGAUUUCAUCACGACUUUACGUAUGAGUUUAUCAACUGCUAUCACUGAUUCAGCAAAUGAGAUAGAUGGUCAGAAUCCUCGACUACCCGCAGUCGGUGCGUUAUACUUAGCUAAAGCACUAAUGGUGUCUACAGCUCCCUUUGAUCCACUUUAUAAGCCAGUGAACAACUUCUUUAUAGCUAAACAAAUUGUUGACCUUACCAAUGUCCCAGAUUUCCUAAGUCUAUUUCACGAUAGUGACGUAGAAUCAGUCGAUAGAAGACAAUGGAUUCUUGAUGUAAUUAAAGAUGGAACGAAAACUAUGACAGAUGUAAAUGUUGUUUUCAAAAGUAUGUGUUUAAAAAUGAUAAUGGACUUUUAUUCAACUGAAUUAUGUGAUCGUAAGACAAAAGAAAAGAUUGUAAGUGCACUUAAUUCUAUAAUAACAGUUCCAAAAGCUUUUGAUAUUUUAAUUAAAGGGUACGGAUUUUUAUCGUGGUUACAUUACGCGGUGAGACAGAUUAGGAAAGAUGAGAAAUGUGUUGUUAUACAGAUGUUUGAUUUAAUUAAAAAUAUGUUCUAUAGUUUGCGGAUAGAUUCUCUAUUAAAAUUUUCUUUAACAAAUAAUGUUAACGGUAAAAUUGAUGCAAUGAGUAAUUUGAAGGUAGACAAAGAAAUUGAAUUUAAAAUCUUAUUAAUUCUUAUUGAUUUAUCUAAUUAUUUAGAAGGAUUGGAACUUACUGAGUUAUACGAAUAUGUGGGUACAUACAAAUUUGUUUCAAAGAAGACAAUAAAGUUGUUGACUAAGAAACAAAUUUUAAAUGUAAUUAAUAAAUGUAUUCCUUUAUUAAACGUUGACGAAAGUGUUGAUUUGUUGUCUAAAGCUGUUGUCAAUGGAGCCAGGAUUUUAAAAAGUAAUAAAAUCAUUAAUUUGGAAGAUAUUUCUAUGGAUAAUUGUAUUAUUAAAGAAUUGACAAUUCUGGUGCAAACUUAUCUAACUUAAGAAUUUUAUA